UAUUUCACAGGAAAGGUGUGGCUCAUUGUUAUGAUCUUCCUCCGUGUCCUGAUCCUCCUCUUUGCCGGAUACCCUCUGUACCAGGACGAACAGGAGAGAUUCGUCUGUAACACCAUCCAACCCGGUUGUGCAAACGUCUGCUAUGAUCUUUUCUCGCCCGUCUCCCUCUUCCGUUUCUGGCUGGUGCAGCUCGUCACCUUGUGUCUGCCUCAUGUCAUCUUCGUCAUCUACGUCAUCCACAAGGUGUCCAACGCUCUCUCCUUGGCUCUGAACUCAACCGGACAUGCUAAAGCUUUUCAACUGUUCAAGGACCACAAGGAGCAGUUCAACAAGAUGUGUGUGAAUAAGGUGCCGGUGGUGGUUGAGCAGAGAGGGGGGCUGCGGUGCUUCACGGGGGCCUACAUCCUCCAUCUGCUGUUCCGGACGCUGUUGGAAGCCGGCUUUGGGGCCGCUCACUAUUACAUGUUUGGGUUCUACAUCCCCAGGAGAUUCCUGUGCCAGCACGCUCCGUGCACCACCCAGGUGGACUGCUACAUCUCCAGGCCCACCGAGAAGACUGUGAUGCUCAACUUGAUGCUCGCUGUGGCCGCUCUGUCCCUUUUCCUCAAUUUUCUGGAUUUCAUUUGGGCCGUCAAGCGAUCGCUGAAGCACAACACCAAGAGGAAG